AUGGCCACCCAACGUCAACAACAAGAUGUGGAGAAUGGCCUGUAUCCCCAAUUACGCCACAGUCGGCCACCGCCAACACGCCAGGACACAGUGGAUCUGGAAGAGAUUCCCUUACGCGAAAUGCCACCACAAGAACCCGAGGAUCGUCGCAGAGUCAGAGAUAUUUUUGAACGGCAUGAUGCCGAUGCUGAUGGCAAAAUUAGCAUACACGAAUUGAAGGGUCUAAUUGAAGCUGGUCUAUGCAGUGACAUUCCCCAACAUGUAGCUCAACAGAUUUUGAAAAUGUCCGAUAGCGAUAAUAAUGGCUAUUUGGAUUUUGAAGAAUUCUAUGUGAUGUCGAAGCGCCACAAAUGGAUGGUACGCAAUCUAUUGGCAUCAUAUUGUCGUAUGGUUGUACCACCACCAAAACCCCUGGAGGGCGAUGAAAUCGAUGGGGCUUAUGAAAAACAAAUGUCGAUAUGUCCGCCACCAUUGACUAUGGUGAUAUUUUCAUUGGUGGAGAUAAUAAUGUUUCUCGUCGAUGUUAUACAUUUUCAAGAUGAUCCAGACAACAAUCGACGCAUUGGCGAGAAUACAAAUGGUCCUGCCGCAACUCUGUUCAUUUAUAAUCCAUACAAACGUUAUGAAUCGUGGCGUUUUGUCACCUAUAUGUUUGUACAUGUCGGCCUAAUGCAUCUCUUUAUGAAUUUGAUUAUACAAAUUUUCUUGGGCGUGGCCUUGGAAUUGGUGCAUCAUUGGUGGCGUGUGGCCUUGGUAUACUUGGCUGGUGUGGUUGCCGGUUCCAUGGGUACAUCAUUGACAAGUCCAAGAAUUUUCUUAGCCGGAGCAUCGGGUGGGGUGUAUGCCUUGAUUACGGCCCAUAUUGCCACUAUUAUUAUGAAUUGGAAUGAAAUGGAAUAUGCCAUUGUCCAGCUAUUUGUUUUUCUUAUAUUCUGCCUUACCGAUUUGGGUACAUCGAUAUAUCGUCACAUUACCGAUCAGCAUGAUCAAAUUGGUUAUAUGGCGCAUUUGUCGGGUGCCAUUGCCGGGCUUCUGGUGGGCAUAGGUGUUCUACGAAAUUUGGAGGUACGCCGCUGGGAACGUAUUCUAUGGUGGAUUGCUGUUAUCUUCUUUUUUGCCUUAAUGAUGACCGGUACACUGAUACAUAUAUUUCUCCCGGACUAUUUUCCCCGACAAGAGUAUUUUUAAGUU